AUGAUUCAGCAAAGUCUGACUGAAAAGCUUCUAAUCAAAGGUUUGGAAGAAACUCUAGAUAAGAUUGCUGGAUCAGGUCUUCUGUCUCUUGAAGAUUGUCAGAUCAGCAUAUCAGAUCUACUCUAUGAGAGACAAUGCACUCAUAAAGUGAUCAAUGAGAAUAAAAUCACUGACAUUGUCAUAGAAGAGUACGACACAGACAACAAUGCAGCUAACAACAACAGCAAUGAAGAAAUUGCUGAAGUGGAAUCAGCAGUUCCUUUCAAGAGAACUUACUCUGCUUCAAAAAAGUUUAAGUAUGUUUGCACACUUUUAGAUAUCUUGGAAUACGAAGAUAUUGACAGAGACUUCGUCACAAUCUUAUGGGGACAACAUUUUCAGGAUGGGGCACUACUUUUUUUUUGCCAGACUUGUCAGAAGCAGAUUAUAAUUGGCACUCAGUUCCAAUCCUACCCAAUCAGGAGCAACUACUCCAACUGCAGUAGUUGGGUGAGCAAGGCCAAAAAGAAGAAGACAACCAUUGCUCAGCAAGAUACUGCAGCAAAAGGACUUAGCUAG